GCGUGCUCUGGUCCAUGGGGUCAUGAAGAGGCGGACACGACUGAACAACAACAACACAGGUGUGCAGGUGCAGGUGUUCAGGGGCUGAUGCGGGAGGGAGGAGGAAGAGGAUGGAGGAGAAGGCCCUGCGCAGCGUGAGCAGCUCUAGCAGCACCAAGCCCUACCUGGAGAAGCUCACCCUGGGGGUGACCCACAUCCUAGACAACCCGAUGCUGCUUGGCUCGAUGACCAUCAACAGCAUCUCCAAGCUAAACCGAGUCAGAAUGUCACCCAUCUACGCCUUGCCCAAUGCCCCCACGCUGGCUGACUUGGAGGACACUGACGAUGAAGAAGGGAAUUUCUGAGGCUGUCGGUGUGGCUUCAUACUGCCAUUUAUCUCAGAUGCUGAUGGCGCUGCGUGAUUUUGGCCAUGCAGUCAUUGCAAGGAAGAUUGAGAUGUCUGACAAUACAGGGGAGAGGAAUGCCAGUAUCACCAUCAUGCUUUGCUACGGGCAGAUGGCUCUUGGGGCGCGGCCUGAGGACCUCCUGCGCUUCAUCGAGCUCAUUGUGGAAGAGCUCCUCUUCCAAUUCCAGAACACCAGGAAGGACGAGGCUCUGAAAAAGGGCUUUAUGAAGGCAGCCAUUCUAACAACCAAGGCGCUUGUGCAAACGAAUGUGGGCCAUGUCAUCUUCCCGCACAAAGCGGAGCUCACCAUCUGCAUCAUUGAAGUCAUUGAAGAGGAGCCGUUGGGAUCUUUCUCUAUUUCUGUCCUGCACCACGCCAUCGUCACCAUCAGCUGCAUGACUGCCGUGAGACCACCUAUGGACUCCAUGCUUCGGUCUGAGCUAGUUAAGAAAAGCAUCAAGAAGGUGUUUUCGUUGCCUUCCUUGAAACUUACAAAACUCAAAGCCGGGAGUCCCAGGCAAUCAUCACAGAGCCAGGACUUUUAUCAGCAGACGGUCAACGCCUGCCUCAACAUGCUCACCAGCUUGCUGUCGGAGGCCCCCUCUCUGGAGGCCCUGCAGGAUAUAUUAGUGGUAAGGGAGCCCCCAAGAUGUCAGAGCAGGGGGAAGCAGCAGAUCCUGUUGAAAUGA